AUGGGCAACCGUUUGGGAGAGCUCCAAGACAUUCAAAGGUUGGCCGACGGGAACCCCCUCAAAAAGGAUCCCACCGCAACUAUAGAGGCCCCAUCAAAGAAAGCAUCAUCCGCUGCCGGGAAGUCUGACCACUCAAGCUCAGUGGAUGGCAAGUUUGAUUGGUAUCAUUGGUUCAAGGCAUUAGAACCAAAAUUGAAUGGCCAUUGGAAGAAAAUCGGAAUUUAUGAUACAUUGCUCCUAUGUGCGGGAAGCCCAUUUCAUUGCGACCGAUCUCUCAUCAUUGUGGCCCUAUGCUUUUGGUCUUCCUCCACCAAUUGCAUGAGGCUCUGUUUUGGGAUGAUGACGCCCAACUUGCUAGACUUGGCCGCUAUCGCCGGCCUUCGCCCUCGUGGAGAUAAUUUCUCGGCCGCCAACCUUCCAGAAGCCAAGGUGGGCUUGGAUUUUCACAAGUCAAACAAGACCUCCGGGAGUUGGGUGAAGACGUAUCUUGACCAUGGCAGAGAUCCCACCGACCCUCUUUCCAUCAAUGGCGUAUCCUAUAUUGAGCAUGUCACUUUUCUUGUGAUGUGGUUGUGCAAGUUCUUGGCAUGCCCAAAAUCCGGCGGGAUUACUGAGGAAUUUCAAGCCUUGGCAGAGGCACUUGCGGAUGGCCAUCAAGUGGUCAUGGGCCAAUCUUUCUUGCCUAUCUUUAUAGAGGGCUCCGCGAGUCCCACCACCGUUUGCCCAAACGACAAAGCCCUUCUCGGUCUGCCCUUGCUCAACGCCCCACGCCGGAAGCAUUACAUUGAGGAUUGCUUCCGAUUUUUCUAUGGGUGCCAAGAAAGGACUAGGGAGCAUCUCUCCAUUUUCGUAGAUCACCUUUUCCCGGAUUAUCUAGCCCUGGAUCUUUCCUCAUAUCCUAUGGCGAAGACGAAAGAGGAGAGACAUAAUAUGUGGGAAAGUAUCCUCGUCAGCCGAGAUCUUCCAUACGGCUUAAUGGUGAACAAAGGUAGCAACUAUCAUUGUGGUGGUGAGCUUUAUUAUCCCGCCGCUGUCGACUACCAGCUUGGUUUUAUACAGAGCAUCCCGAUACCACCCAUGGAUUCCGUCAACCUGCUUUCCUCUUGGCGGGUGGAAUUUAAAUAUGCAAAAGAAGUCACCACCUUGACGAAUUUCAACCAAGACUUGGUGAAAUCCUUCAGUAUUCCAAUUAGAGAUCCUCGGUUUGGUGACUCCAACAUUUUUAUCCACUGGUGGAAAGAGAUGUCGGCCGGUUGGUUUUCUCAACCAUGUUCAGAGAUUGAAGAUAGGGUCUUUAGGCAUUGCCCAUGCUCAUUGGCCUUUCAACAAGAGAAAGAGAAGAAAAAGGCCCAAGCAAAAGCUGACACCACUGAGAAGGAAAAUCCUCCCGCCGACAUUAUUGAGAGAGAAAGCUCAGCCAAAUCUGCCGAUGCAAAUUCUGGGCAGGGCGAGAAAAGGCCUAACGCCCCCAUCCAAGGUUCUCCAAGGCUAGUAGAGCAUCCCUCUUCUUCUCAUUCGAUUGGGGUCGUGCAAUCGGCCACCACUUCAUCUGCCGCUCCAGAAACUCAAACUUCCGCACUUGAGAAAGAAAUUGGGGCGCAAGUCAUGACUUUGGUAGGCGAGGAUGAGUCAGCCGAGAUCAAUACCACGGGGCACCCGAAGGAUGUUUCCACGGGAUCACACGAGAUUAUUCCCAUGCCCGAUGAUCACGCCCAUGAGCACGUGGCCGAGUUGACCGAGGAAGACUUCCCACACAUUCCGAACUCUCAGCGGGCCAUUUUUGACCCCGAACUUUCUUCGGUCGACACCACAGCCAUUGAGGCCGAAUUUCAGCCCCCUUUUGCCAUAAGCUCAGACCCUCCUUCGACUUGCCCUCUCGAGGUGCCUCGAAGUGGCCCAACUUUUCAAGCGGAUGUGGUGGAUUCUACUGCCAUUACAGUCGACCAUGUGAUCGUCACCAAUGGUGCGCCUUCCACUAUUCCCACCGACGGAAGUGCACCACCUGAGCCCGUCCUUAUGUUGACCUUGGGAGCUACUCCCUUGGUGGUCAACGCUAUUUCGUCCAAACUCCAACUUGAGAUUGGAGAGUUUUCAUCCUUUGUUCUCUCCGAGAUGUUGGCAGAGGAUGGAAGAAGCUUGGCCAUGGUUCCUCAUGAAGAGGCCCCUAUACCAUCCCCUGAUCAGCCUUGUAGUGAUAUUUUUGACUUCCUAGAUCAAUAA